AUGGCGGACGUGACUCCACUACGACGAGCUCGAACGCUUCAGCCUCUUUCAGAACAGCGACGUGACCGAGCAAGACCUGCGAGUAUGCGAGAGAAAAUUGGAGUGAGAUGGCACAAGUCACUCCUAGCUCGUUCGUCUGCCAAGACUCCCGAACCUCCAAUGGCGAGACCCAAAGUGAGACUUCGCGACGGUGACGUGGAGGCGUUCCGCAACUUGGCACACAGUGUGAUCUCUCGAACUUUGGCUCAUGAGUGCGAGUACCGACGUCAAGGUUGCCCAGAACCCGACGCACAGGAAUGGAAACUAGUGAAGCGACACAACGGACUCCGCGUGUACAAAUGCAAGAUGCAGCCAGAGUUCCAGCCGUCACUGAGUCAGGAGAACGCACUAGCACGAGCGCCGACUGCGGUUUGUGUAGGCACCAUUGACGGCUCGCUCAAGGACGUUCUCUAUGGUCUCCAUACCAAGACCCGCAGGGAGAUGCACGUGACCAACACGUUUAUGAACAAAGGACAUCUCGAGUGUGCUGUGUUGUCUGUGAUCGAGCGUGGAUCAGACCGUGAUCCGUUCAAGCAACUCGCACUAAAGUGGAUCCUCGCACAGAAUUUCGGAGACGUGAAAAGUGGCAAUUACCAUGACGUGUGUACUAUCGAGUCGAUGGGCACAGGAGUAGACGGUCGAGGCGACAACUUCGGCUACCGAUUGAUCAAAAGUGUCGAUCUAGCGGAAUACCCGCAGUUGUCCACCAGCAACGACGUCGUGCGCGCUAGAAUGACGAUGUGCUGCAUCUUUCGACAAGACGCCAACUCACGCACUGUGCGUGUUUAUUCCAAAGGAAUGCUCGACAUGGGGGAAGAUAUUCCGUCCUUCGUGCCAAAUAGCGACGCUACCAGCACGAUGAUGCUGUCCAUUGCCAGUGCGACGGAGAUCGCAGAGGCCAAACGACUGACUCUACUUGCUCUACAACGUGCCGAGUACAGUGCUUGUCACUCUCAGCGAACAUGCGAGCCUGAGGACUCUUCGCGCGAGACGGAGGCGACGAUCACCUCUCCACAACCAGCUGAGGGUAUGAAUUUGCACGAAUCAUUCCUACAGAAAAUGCCUUCGGAUCCGUGUUCCGUGUGUGGGAAGAACCCGACGAUGUCCAAGUUUGUUCGGGCCUCGCAUCGCUCCUGCGGAGUCUGCAAACAUCCCGUGUGUCAUAAAUGCCAUGUCAAACGCAGAUUGUUCGCUCGAUCGGACGCAGUCGUCGUCGCUUGCUGUAAGAUCUGCAUCAUUGCGUCCAAGCGACUGCGCAUAGAUCCACGUGAUCCCUGUCCGAUGCUAUCGGCAUAAAUGACGAUAGUUUUCCAUAGGUUAGUAUGAACAUUAUCAUUUUGCACUAG